CUCGGAACUUUGCAUCGGCAGUUGGCCAGACCAAGCGAGGUAUCCGGUGGAACCUGGGUGGAUCGGGUCAUCUUCGGCCCUCUUGUCAUCACUUAUCAUCACCAAUCUAGUCUGGACUCGGCUCCCCUACCUAUCAAACGGUCUCCGAGUCCCCAACAACUACUCCUGUCCCGGCAAAACCCCGUACUAUAACUACCGGAAGAACCGCCACCCCCCAUCGUGAUGCACAGAUUCGACAAGGCAUACGCCUUGAUGGACCUAUCGUAGCUACAGCAAAUAUAACAUUUCUCCACUGCGCGCCCUUGUGUGGCCGAAAAGUCCGAUGGAUGACCUUCUUGAGCCCUAGUAUCUCCACGAAUUCACGUCUUUCCCCAGUAUGUCCCACUGGUUGAGUCAAUCCCGGCCCCAUAGUGCCCAUACCCCGGAGACCACCGGUCCCCGAGCCUGGCACACGCGGGGUUUGGGGGGAGAACCCCUGAUGUCCUUAUCUUGGACUCUCCUCGCUCUUCCUGGAUCAGUUUUGACUCUCAUCCUUUGAUCACGGUUUCUGAUAUUUGUCAAAAUGUCGUCGACUGAGCAUGAUAUUCCCGGCGGAACGCCCGCAAAGUCUUCGUCAGACUAUGUCGAGGAGAAAGAUAUUGCCGUUAAUGUCGAUCCGACCAGGUUUCUGUCCGACUCGCACAAGGCGUACUUGAUUGAACGGCAUGGAACACUGGAUCUUGAUCCUAUUCCUAGCAUGGACCCGGCUGAUCCAUACAACUGGGCACUGUGGAAGAAAACCACCAACCUAGCCCUGGUUGCCUUCCACGCCUGCAUGGGCACAUUUACCGCCGCAGCUAUCAUCUGCGCCUACGAGGAUAUCUCGCUUGAUCUGGGUGUCUCCAUCCAGCGCGUUAGCUAUCUGACCUCAUUGCAAAUCGCCAUUCUUGGAGGUGCCCCUUUACUAUGGAAGCCCCUCUCCCACAGAUUUGGACGACGCCCGAUUUUCCUCUUGUCUCUUAUCCUGAGCUGUGUCUGUAACAUUGGCUGUGCGAAGAGCCCCGACUACGCCUCCAUGGCGGCUUGCCGUGCGUUGGUGGCUUUCUUCAUUUCACCGGCUAUGGCUAUUGGAAGUGGUGUUGUUACGGAGACUUUCUUCCGCCAUGAGCGUGCGAAGUAUAUGGGAAUGUGGACUAUUAUGGUUACUCUUGGUGUGCCAAUUGGUCCGUUCAUUUUUGGAUUCGUGGCUCAGCGUGUUGAUUAUCGUUGGAUUUACUGGGUUCUGGCAAUUACCAACGGUAUCCAGGCCAUUCUUUACCUCUUCUUCGGUCCCGAGACUCGCUACAUUGGCGCCGACGUCGAGUCUGAAUCUUCCGCCUUCAAGCGCGAAUACAUGUCCCUGCGCCGCAUCGACCCUACCCCAAUCAAGGCAUCCGAAUUCGUUCACCCCUUGACUCUAUUCACAAACAUCCCCGUCCUCCUCGCUACGAUCGCCUACUCGAUGGUCUUCCUCUUCUCCUCCGUCCUGAACUCCGUCGAGGUCCCUCAACUCCUGCAAAGCAAAUUCGAGCUCAACGCCCAACAACUCGGUCUCCAAUUCCUGGGCCUGAUUGUCGGCUCUCUCCUCGGCGAACAGCUCGGUGGCUUCAUGUCUGAUAUGUGGAUGAACGCUCGUGCUAGGAAGAUCGGGCACAAGCCCGCCCCCGAAUACCGGCUGUGGCUGAGCUAUAUCGGAUUCCUGCUAAGCAUUGCUGGUAUGAUUGUCUUCCUCGUGUGCACGGAGCAAGCUACCCCGGGCCAGUGGAAUGUUAAGCCUGUUGUGGGAACUGGUAUUGCUGCGUUUGGCAACCAAGUCGUCACUACUGUUAUGACGACUUAUGCUGUCGAUACGUAUCCCCAGGAUGCGGGUAGUGUGGGUGUUUUUAUUAACUUUGUGCGAUCAACUUGGGGAUUCAUUGGACCUUUCUGGUUCACCUCUAUGUUUGAGAGUGUUGGUAUCGCUAAGAGCUCUGGUAUUGUUGUUGCCCUGAUCAUGGGCUGCAGCUUCUUCCCUACUGUGUACCUGCAGUGGCAGGGAAAGCGGCUGUACAGCCGUGGUUCGGACAUGCUUUUCCACCAUCAUGGUAUACGCAUUCACCCUCCCAACCACCUCCCCCUCUCCUUUCAAACAUACAUCUACUCCCCCACCCACCCCUCCCUCCCCCAAUCCGCUUCAACAGCCCGCCACGCCCUCCGCCUCGCCCUAAAAGCUCACAAACGGCUACCCCGCGGCCCACGACAAGACGCCCACCUUCCAACUGUCCUAUCCGCUCUAAACGAAUACAUACCCUACCUAUUCGCAAUCUCUCACGGUCUCUCGGCCCAAUAUAUCCAGAAUGACCCCUCAAUUUAUGCCAGUGGGAUAGGCGCUGGAGAGAGGAUUGAAGUAUCGCUUCGCGCUGAGAUCGAGACUGCGUGGAAACCUACGCUGUCCGCUGGUAGUGGGAUUAAUAUACACGCGUCGACGACCGGGCCGGGUGCGAAAUCUAUCCGGCCGCGUGGCGGUCGUGUCUCUGGUCAGGGCAUUGAUUUUGAAAUUGCGUUUACGUUGACGACGCUGGGAUACGUGCUCAGUCGACUUGCGCGUGCGGGAGUACUGGAAUCGCUUUACGCACCAACGACACAAUCCCAGGAACAACGUACAGCUGCUGUACAAAACGCGACGCGGAAUUUGCUUCAGGCUAGCUCGGUUCAUGCACUACUCGCCUCGUCGCCUGCAUUCUCGGCUGCAACGACGGCGACGGUUCCUGAUAUCGAUGCGAGUACGCAAUCGGCCUUGUCGGCGCUUGCGCUGUCUGAAGCUACGUUGCUAGCUGUCCUUAAGGACGAUGCUUACGUGACUGCGUGUAUUCAGGCGCGCAACCCAAAUGAUCGCGAGUGGAUGGUGCGGGCACCUGAGAUUCCGAAAGUUCGCGCCUUGUUAUUUGCGAGAUUGUGCGUUCGCGCUGCGGAGUAUGCUGAGCAAGCUGCGGCGGGGUUGAGUGCUGUUGGAUCCGGGGCUGGGAGGACAGGACGUGUGGAUGAGGAGGUUACUCGAUAUGCGGGUGUUCUUGGACGAGUGGCUCGUGCUCGGGCGUGUCGAUUCUUUGGUAUUGAUGCUGAGUUGGCUGGGAAGGCUGGUGAGGGUAUUGCGUGGUUGAGGGCUGCGCGGACGGCGUUGGGUUUACGUGGAACCGCGGGAUCGUCUUCGUCUGGUCAAGAUGAAGGUAGUGGGACAUCUAGUAAAGGCGGUUUCUCGCGAUUGAAGCGGGAAUGGGCUGAAAGGAGGGAGGAGAAGAAAAUUGGUAAAGAUGCCGGUGGAGGUCGAGGUGAUAAAGGUGUCCUUGACGCAGGCGAUGAUGCAGGUCGUGACGAGGAGGGUCGAGUGAUUACCAUGUUGGAGACAAAUUGGGUGAAGAUGAAUGAUACUAUCAAUACGCAAGUAAUUCCUGCGUCGGCGCCAUUGCUGGCUAAUCUCCCAUCUGGUCGAGAUAUUCACACGCCGCCUGCGCCGUAUCAGCCGGCCUACCUGGAUGAGGAUCAAUUGGUUCGGAUGCGGGCUCCACCGGAUGAGAGUGUGAAUAUGCGCUUUGGGAGUGACCCGGAUGAUAGCGAGGAGGAAGCUGUCCCCGUUGGUGGUCCGGUAGCACCUGGUGCAUUCCCUGAUCGGAGUCAGACAGCUUCGAAUGUGUACUAUUGAUGUGAUACCCGAGGACGGCGAGAAAUAUGAACAGCAUCACUGCAAUACAUAGUUAGACUCAAGCCAAGUAGAUGUAAGAAACAAGCUCAGACAUUGACCGCAUGCUUAACCGUCCCCUCUGUGCUUGCGACUUUCAUUAUUAUCCUUGAUAAGAUUGAUAAGAAGAGCAGAU